CAGUCUAAGUCUCAGCAGGCCAGUCCAAUUCAACCCCAUUUGAACAAUGGCCUUCAAGCCGAGGACGCAAGAGUUUCUGUCCUUGCGGCUGCACGCGCGCGAGCACCAACGGACACACGACAUAUCGCCGCACGGCUACGAGGACGACAAUGCCAAGCUCCUCGGCCAGCGCGGAGGUCACGUCAAGUUGUCGAUGGUGCCAGAGGCAGCGCCAGAGUGGAUUGAUCACGUCGACAGCAUCAAGCUGCGGAUGCGUGACAUUGCUGCCAACAUUCAAGACUUGAUCAAGAAGCACGAGGAGCAGAUGAGGCGCACGGAUUUCGACGACGACAACAACGACGACGAGCAUGCCAUUGACAUUUUGACAAAGAACAUUUCCUCGGGCUUCUUUGAAUGCCAGCGCGACAUCAAGAUGAUUGCCGAGCGUGCCAAGCAGACUGGCCAUCCUGACGAAAUCAAAAUGUCGCGCAAUGUCGUCUCGGCACUUGCCCUCGAGCUCCAAAAAAUGUCGACCGACUUCAGAAAGUCUCAAAACCAAUACUUGCAGCGCCUUCGUGCUCGAGACAAAGGCAUCCUGUUCCAGCCUGGCGAAGUCCCCCAAGACACUCUGGCUGAUGAAGAGUACCAUGUUGAUAGCGGAUUCACUGCUGAACAACUCCAGGCCACCCAAGCCGCGAUCGAGUUUUCGCACCAGCGUGAAGCUGAAAUUGAGCUGCUUGUUCAAUCCAUUAGCGAGCUUGCACAAAUCUUUAAGGAUUUGUCCGAGAUGAUUUAUGACCAGGGCACCAUUCUUGAUCGCAUCGAUCACAAUCUCGAUGUCACGUUGCAAUGCAUUGACGAGGCCGAGAAGCAACUCAUCGAUGCCAACAAGUAUCACAAGAAGGCCACCAAGAAGAUUAUUAUUUUGUGUCUGGUCGUGAUUGUACUGGCUCUUGUCAUUGCAGUGGCCAGCACAAAGUGAUUUUUGAGUUUUUUUUUUUCCAUUUUUUUUGUUCAUGUCUUUUUUUGAUCUCUUUUUGUUUUCCCUGUCUUCAUUUCCCUGUUUCUUCGGGCUUUGCUGCGCUGUCUAGCAGUUCAUCGUCCCCUAUUGUGAUAAACACGAAUCGAGUUCUCGCUC